GGAUUCGGACAAUCAAAGUUAAGAAAUCCCAAUUUGAUUUUACUUCUCAGCCAUUUUCACAUUUUCCUCACCAUUUCCAUACCCAAUAAAAAUAUUAAAGAAAAAACUAAAAACGAAAACUUUUCUCUCUUUAAUUUCAGACAAAUUCUCAAGUAAUUGGAUAAAAUUUCUUGAAUUUCUCCAUUAGCUUUCUUCCCCGUUUGACUGUUCUUCUCCACUGGGUUUUUUUCCAGCACGAGCAAAAAUUAUUUCAAGUUUUAAAGUCUCUUUUUAAUAUUUUUUAGAAAAAAAGAUUUUGCGAAAGUGAUUUUGGAUUGAUAAUAAGUACUGGGUUUUGGAGAGCUGCUGAAGAAAUUUGCAAAGAUUUAAUUUUUAUUUAAAAAAAAUUGGUUUCUUGUUCAGUAAUUUGGAGAUAUGGAGGAAAGAGAGGGUUUGACUGGGAGUGGAGUCACAGUGGUCGGAUCAGAUGCUCCGGCGGACCACCGUGUGACUCCGGUGACCGGCGAGAAUCCAAGCCAGGUACCACCUGGAUCAGCACAACCAGUUGUACCCCACAUGGGCGUCUCCUCAUAUCCGCCGUCCACGGCGGCCGGAAUUGAAGCUCCGGCGAUGGCAGUGAAGAAAAAGAGGGGAAGGCCAAGGAAGUAUGGCCCUGAUGGCGGGGCACCCGGCCUUCCCCUUUCCCCUAAACCGAUCUCCACCGCGGUUCCGCCGUCCGUGAUUGACUUCUCGGCCGCCGCCGGCGAGAAGCGGGGGAAAAUCCUGCCGCUGGGUCCCAUCAUCAAACUCCACCAGCCCAAACUCGAUUUUGAACAUCCAAGCGAAUGGGUAUCUUGUGCUCUCGGCUCUAAUUUUACGCCCCACAUAAUCACCGUCAAUGCUGGAGAGGAUGUUACCAUGAAGAUCAUUUCGUUCUCUCAACAAGGGCCUCGGGGGAUCUGCAUUCUCUCGGCUAAUGGCGUUAUUUCAAGCGUCACGCUUCGCCAACCUGAUUCCUCCGGUGGAACCCUUACCUAUGAGGGUCGUUUUGAGAUACUAUCGUUGACUGGAUCGUUUAUGCCAUCGGAGACGGGCGGAAUCCGUAACCGAUCCGGUGGGAUGAGUGUAUCUUUAGCGAGCCCCGAUGGGCGAGUUGUCGGCGGCAGUGUUGCUGGUAUGUUAGUAGCCGCCGCGCCCGUUCAGAUUGUGGUUGGGAGUUUUGUUGCUGAGAAUCAAGAGGACCAACAACACCAGAAAACCAAGAAACACAGGCAAGAGCCGCCUUUCUUUCCCCUCGCUCCGGCGUCUGCACCGGAGGCGGAAAACCACCACAAUUCCUUGGGGAAUCCCGCCGUGCUGUCUGCCCCUUCCUUCCGCGGGGACCACUGGCCUAAUUCGCACCCGGACUCGAGGAACAUGCCAACCGACAUAAACGAGCCUAGCCUGCAUAAGAUGGGGUUGAUGAUGGAUACUGCAUAGAAUGACAAGUUACCCCAAGUUUUCAAAGCCUUUGCCUUUUUCUCCCAAUUAGGCUGAUUAAAAAUCUAAGUAACAUCCAUAAGAGGUUGUCUUUGUAGAUACCUAAUAAGGAGUAAUAAUACAAGAAAUGAACAUUAGCAUGUUUGGGUGGUAGUCCUUCCAAGAUACCCAUAUGCCUGUAGAUUGCAUUUUAUGAGUAGUCAUUGCGUUCUAAAAUUUUCUUCCCGUUUACUAUUCAAAUGGUCAAAAGUUACUAGCUCCCUUUGUCAAAUAAUAAACUUUUCAGUUACUA